GGCUGUGACGGCUUAUGAAAUAGUCAAUAAGGGAGCGGCGACGCGAUAACCACUCCCACUCAGCUUGCCAAAUAUAGUUUGGUCAGGCAUGGAUGGGGGACAUUCCCUUGAAAUGCGUGGCUUGCAGAGCGGUGAGUGAGGCCCGCCCGGCGGUUACCUACAAAAGAAAUUAGGGACACUAUUAAGCCUUCCGCACGAAGGGUACUCUUUAUCCCCUCCAAGAUUUUCUUCCAUAUUUCGCAGUGCGAAUACAGAAACUGACCCUCCAUAAUGGACAAAACGAUCGGUUUGGGACGGUAUCCCGCCCCCCAAAAGCGUCAUCUCCGCGUCUUAUCGCUUGACGGUGGUGGAGUCCGUGGCCUCUCCAGCCUGAUCACACUGAGGUCCUUGAUGGCCCAAUUAAAUCACGAGAGACGACAAGCAAAGCUUUCGUCUGUCAAACCUUGCGAUGUAUUCGAUCUGAUUGGGGGUACAAGCACAGGCGGCCUUAUUGCCAUUAUGCUUGGUCGACUUGGAAUGGAUGUUGACGAGUGCAUCAUGGCGUACAACAAUCUCACCAAGCGGAUUUUCAAUCAGCAGGAGCACUGGGUUCCACUUAGCUGGACCGCUAGCACUCGGGGGAGGUAUAGCUCUCAAACCCUUGAAUUAGCAAUUCAAGAAGUUAUCUCCAAUAUUGAAGGGGUGACCGAGGCAGACAAGAUGGAUGACGGAACUGAAAGAAGGUGUCGCGUGUUUGUCUGCGCAACCGCCAUCGAGACAACAGGAACGACCUGCCUCCGGAGCUACAAUCUACACGAUGGGCUCGGUAUCCCCGCGACCAUUUGUGAAGCCGCCCUUGCCACCUCUGCUGCUACGACUUUUUUUGACCCUGUAACAAUCGGCAAUCGACGAUUCGCUGACGGCGCAUUAGGUGCGAAUAAUCCAGUAGAAGUGGUGGAGGGGGAGAUCAAGAACAUAUGGAGCCCAUUUGGUGGGAAGGUUGAAGAUAUGGUUCAAUGCUUUGUUUCUAUCGGAACAGGAGACCCAGGAAAGUUCCCAGUCCAACACAAUAUGGGACCAUUCCUUUACGAAACUCUGAAAAAGCUGGCCACCGAGACGGAAACCACGGCGAGGAAAUUUGCAGCACGCUGGCAUGACUACGGCAAUUAUUUCAGAUUCAACGUUCAACAGGGUCUGCAAGGUGUUGGUUUACAUGAAUGGGAGAAGCAAGGCGUGAUCGAGGCGGCAACGGCUGAGUACCUCGGCCAAGUUGAGCAGAAGUCGCUGAUGCGACAGUGCGUCAUGAAUUUGAAGUCUCCACCAGGGAAAGGGAUUCCUAAUCACAACAAACUUCGAAGUGACUCAAUUUUUCUCCCGCAGCGUCUGCUAGUCCGUGAGGAUUUGGAGUUGUUUCUGACUGAAGCAUUGAAACGAGAGGGAGUCGUUCGUGUCGUUUUGCACGGCCUUCCAGGCACAGGCAAAUCAACCAUGGCGAGAUAUUUUGCGUACAAAAACGGCGAAGACAUGCCAAUUCUUUGGAUACCAGCGACCUCUGAGCUGGAGAUACAAAGAAGUUUCGAGGUCUAUGCGAAACAGAUCUGUGGGGAGGAUGUCGAUCACACGGAGCCCGUGACAUUAGUCAGGCAGAGACUUUCGCAACUUUUCCCUGGCCAUUGGCUGGUUGUGUUUGACGGCCUGGAUGAUCAGUUCGUUAACAUUCAACGAUACCUCUUCGCAGAUAUACCCGGAGGCAAGAUUUUAAUCACAACACGUCGCAAGGAUCUCGCCGGUGAGAUCAGUGCUACUCAUGAACUACAGGUCAAACCUUUAGACAUGAGCACGGCGGAGGAUCUUUUAGAUGCAUACAUUAUGCGGACGCCACCUACGGAAGAUGAGAUGCAUCAAGAAAAAAUAUCUACACAGGAAAGAGACGCUAGAAGGCACAUUGUCAAGGAACUUGGUGGUCUUCCGCUGGCAAUUUCUAUUCUUGGUGCUUCUAUGCGCCCGGGUAACGGAAAUCCAAGGAUGAAUUGCCAAGCGUACCUUACGUGGUCUGACGAAGGGAAAGAUGGACUCUUGCAGAGAGCCCCGAAGUUCUGCGGCUAUUCGUCCUCAGUCUGGAAGGCUUUUGAUUUUGCCUUUCAGCCGAUUUUAUCAAGCAUUGGGGGAAAUCAGCAUGCGGCAUCUGUGGCGUAUUUCGCGGCAUCAUGUGAGAACGCAUCAAGUCUCAAGGACUACUUCCGCUUGUAUCAGCAAUUUAAAACAAAAAAACCGGCCAUAAACAAAACGUCGCUCAGCUCAGGGAUCGCUGCCGUCGAUGUUCUUCGUUUCCUUGAUGAGGAUAUUUUCAAUCUUGCCAUUGACGAUUUGGCCUCUGUGAACAUGAUCACUUUGAACUGGAUAGAAGAUGGGCAUGUCCUUGUGCCUUACAUCGAAAUGCAUUCGCUUGUAAGAAGAUGGCUGGAGCGUCGAAACCUCGAUCGAAGCCUCAAUCACAUUGCCGUGUAUACGGCACCAAAACUCUGGCUCUUGGGUUUCGGCAUGUACGACCAGAUGGAUCGAAGUCAAGUCGCGUUGAAAGCUUUCGAUCCUUUGAUGACGGAACUUAAAGCGUCUCUCGACGGUGGUAUUGAUGCUCUACAUGACAGUUGCGUUCCUGCACCGGAAUUGAUUUUCCCCUUUCUACUCGAAGCGCAGAAGAGCUUGUCUCAGUCAAUUAGUCAUCUACCGGCAGGAUCAAACCAGCAUAGACGGUUACGUGAAUUUUCAGUAAAGUUGGAGUCCGAACUUAUAACAUCCUUUGAGGAAAAUCUCAAAGAUCUCGAUUGGGAUUAUAUUUUUGGAGAUUUUACAAGAGAAUUUGAGGAGCAAGUGGAGUACGCCGUGGAGUCAGACGCCAAGAACCCUGAUUAUUUGCUCAAGGACUUCUUCCUCAAUACAUUGGACUCUCACGGAUGCAUCCCAAUUGCAUUUAGCAUCAACGCUCCCUGGGAGUUUUCCGCGGUAGGGCAGACCAAUCUCAUCGAAGAUAUCCGGACAGAGAUCACAGCGGAAACAGAAAGCUUGCUAGAGAAGUGUCUAAGCCGCGAAGCAAUUAAGCGAGCGGAAGAGAUACUCGACGGAGACUCUUGUGUUGCGAUUGGGGAGUGGGCAAAUGAAUGGAGCGGCGAUGUUGCUGAAAUCGUCCGCCGUUGUCUCGCCAAAGUUCUAACUAGGCUUUAUCCCGGAGCGGACAUGGAAGGAAUCAUUACCUCGAGAUCUCAAGCGAUAGACCCCCCGGACAAAGACAUGAGCUUCGGCGAUUACUUUCAAGCUUUUACAAGCUCAAGCGAUCCCAGAAACGCUUUCUUUGCUAUUCUUCGCCAAGCAGUGAAGAGAGCAGCGGGACAAUUCUUGUCAUCUUCAGAAGUGAUAGACAUCCUGGAUGCCAGACAAGAAGCCUUCAGGGACGGUUGCGAAGCUGCCGUUCGAAGAGCCUUAGGCGAUAGGGCUCAGCAAGCCUUUCAUAACCAGGCGCUCUCGUCUGAAACUGAAACUGGCGAAAUCACAAUCUUUGGAAUGCUCUGGGAGCUCGCUUGGCCUGCGAGGUUUCCUGGAGGUUUGGAAGACUUAAUCGCUGCCCAAGUGUUGAAUCCCAUCUCUGAAGAACUCCAAAAUGCUUCAAAAACUGGAUUCGUCCUCGCGUUGGAGCCUUUUUGUCAACGAGGAUCACAGCCGGGUGCUCCAAGCGUGGCCGAGUCUCUGGCUGUUUCUGUGUUCGACUCGAGCAAUAUAACCAAUCUCUUCCUAAACUGGAUUGCUGCGGGCUGGAUUGACCCUCCAAGUGACGUGGACGAUGACUCUGACGACGGCGAAGGUCCAACACACACUCUGACCUUGGAUGAUGCACAACGAGGCACACUUGAGGCAAUGAAGGCAAUUUACGACAGCCUGGGUGGUAUAAUCGCGCACGAUUCCGCACUCGAGGCGCUGAAACGGACGUUGGAAUGUCGCGAGGAGCUUCAUGGCAAAGUCAUGGGCAGACUCUCUCAACCUAAUCUAACGGACCGGACUGGCUUGGGUCCUUUCUUUGCAAAGAUGUAUUUUGAAGACUGUGAUAAAAGCCUUCGCUUUGCAUACUUGGUAUUGGGGGGUACGACUGCCGCGGAGAGCCUGGGUACUCUCGACCGCCUGGCAAAGAAGGAGUCUGAAUGGAAGUUUAAGGGCGAGCAUUAGUCUCAUGUAGGCUUCGCGUCACCGUACCUUGAAAGUUCGCGGCUGGAGGCUACAAUUAAUUUCUCGCUCUCAGAACCUAAGAUUAGAGCACAACUUGAGAUGAUCCACUUGGAGAAGGUUGAGGUUGGGGUUCUAGUUGAA